GUUGUUGUUGUUUUUGUUGUUAUUGUUGUUUUUAUUGUUGUUGUUAAGGCCGACCGCGACUUUACGAUGUACUCUGCGCUCUUACCGAUGCUUUUAAAGAAAUCGAUGGACUAGCGAAAAAAAAAAACACAAAAAUAAAAAAAAAGAAACAAACACCAAGGACAUGGAUGGAUUGAUUAAAUCGCGAGAAUCGUACGAAUGAAUCGUAUAUGUAUAUAUGUGUAUAUAUAUAUAUUUGCACGAUAAUUAUUAACAAAGUUAAUAAUACACGUGUGUUGCAUGUAAACCUACGAAUAAUACCAAAUGGAAACUAGAUCUUUGUGUGACGUUGAGACCUGUUUCUUACACCGUGUGUAAUAAAUAAUAAUAAUAAUAAUAAUAAUAAUAAAUUAAGGACGAGGAAAUUUAUCGGUAUAAAUUUUAAAGAUUCACGAUAAUAAUUGAAAUAUGAAUAAAACCAUCAGCUGCAGCAGCAUCGGCUGUAGCAGCUACGAUUGUCGUUGCGGUUCGAUUUGUAAAAGCAACGAGAUAAAUAAUAAUAAUGGCCAGUUAUAUUAGGGGAACGAAAAAAUUAUCCGCAACGCAAAAUUAUAAUUGCGGUGUGGCGAUAAGGUUUUCGGUUGUGUCGUGCUUUUUUUCCCCCUUCAAAUUUAUCCACUAUAAUAUUGCGCCGUUCGUGUUGUGAUAUUUGACGAUAACGAACGGAAAAUGGAUUUACUACCGAGUGGAAUGAUGGUGCCGGCUAAGAGCGUGGAUCUGGCUUCCUAUCACUCGACGUUUUACUCGCCACCCCCAACCGAGGCAUCCCGUUCUGGUUACGGUUCGAGCAGCGGUGACGAAUCGGAAGGCGAGUACGGAUCCUCGUCCCUGAAUCCGGCAAACUCGUUGAAUUCGAAUUCGGGGACAAACACCGCACAACAGGGGCCAGGAAAACACAUAAACAAAGGACGUUGGACCAAAGAAGAGGACGCGCUUCUGAAGCAACUUGUCGGCACUACGGAAAAACUCGGAUCAGGAUUACGUUGGGACGCGGUUGCCGCUCAUUUUCCGGACCGAAGUGACGUCCAGUGCCAGCAGAGAUGGGUCAAGGUUGUGAACCCGGAGUUGGUGAAAGGGCCCUGGACGAAAGAGGAGGAUGAAAAAGUCGUCGAGCUGGUCGAGAGGUACGGACCGAAAAAGUGGACGCUGAUAGCGAGGCACCUGAAAGGUCGCAUCGGCAAACAGUGUCGCGAAAGAUGGCACAAUCACCUGAAUCCUGGUAUAAAGAAAACCGCAUGGACCGAGGCCGAGGACCGUGUAAUUGUCGACGCUCACCGCAGGUACGGUAACCAGUGGGCGAAAAUCGCGAAGCUCCUCCCUGGACGGACGGAUAACGCGAUUAAAAAUCACUGGAACAGUACCAUGAGACGGAAAUACGAGGCCGAGGACGGAAAGGUCUCGUCGUCAAGAGGUAGAGGGAGAAGAAAAAACUCAGAUAAUCUGGGGAGCACGAAGAAGGAAACGGUCAAUGUUCAGGAUGAAAAUUCGGCCCAGGGUCUAUUGGCGAACUCGGCUUCUACGAGCGGAGAUAGCAGUUCGACUUUAACCGCCGUCAACACUUCCCAAAGCUUGGAUAUCGAUCCGCUGGAUUGGGCGCGAGCUUGGGAACAACAACAGCAACAAUUCCAACGGCUCCAUCAUCAUCAGCAACAAAACAACGAACGCAUCGGCUCCGAGAGCCAGCUAAACUCUCCACCUAGAAACUCCGCUUCCGGAGGAAAACCCGACGUUUCACCACUGUCGAAGUAUUUCGACCUGGAGAUCCUUUCGGAUGUGGCAAGUUCGAGGACGUCUGAUAUCCGUUUGAUGCCGAUGCCUGACCUUGAGGAAAUGGCAGCUCCUGACAAAGAAAAGUCUAGUCCACCACCGAUAUUGAGAAGAAGACGAGUCGCUGCUACGGCGGCAGCUCCAGCUGCAAAUUGCAGCGGUAGCAAUAGCGGCAGUACGGCUGCACCGGCGACAAGCACCUUGGCGAACACGGCGCCGACGAUGAACGUCGCUCAGAAAAUCGAUACACCCGAUAGCGCCAAUCAGCACGACUAUCUUCUCGGGCAUCAACAUCAUGUUGGAACCGUGCCGACUACGCCGAUCAAGCAACUCCCCUUCAGCCCCUCGCAAUUUCUCAAUAUUCCCAGCCCUGAGGCUUCUUGGCCAAGAGCCAGCACGCCCAAGGGAAGCCCCGGACCCUUGACCACUCCUCAGCCAAGCGGGCUUAGGAGAAGUCAGACAGGCGGUAGCAUGCCGAGGACGCCAACGCCGUUUAAGGAUGCAUGGGCAGAGCUGGUGCGUCGUGAUGGUCCAACGACGCAAUUACCAGCAACGCCAAGUCGCCUGGAUGCACUUACGGAAAUAAUAAAGCAGGAGACAGACCGAGAGAGUUUGGCCAGCACGAGUAUUCUUCAGGAUUCCGGUUACUGCACCGGACGAAGACGAGGGAAGGAAAAUAGCGCCCCGGGUGGAAAAAGGGCGCGGAAAGCUCUCUGCCAAGCUUGGGCGAACUCUCACGACAACGGCGACAUGAGUUUUGCCGUUGAGACUCCUAGCAAAAGCCUGGACACCUCCGUUCUGUUUUCACCCGCGUCGAUGGCCCUGGAUGACAGUUUUCUAGCUACUGGACCAAGCCCAUCAAAGACAUCCCACGACUUUACAUCCGUACAUCGGAGAACCAAUGCGAAACGCGCUAUCCUCUUCGAAGCUAUUGACAGCUCGUGCAGUUUUAGCAGCCCCCUACUAGUGCGACCGUUUAAACGUGCCAAGCUGGAAAUUCAAUGGACAACUGUGGCAUGCGGUCAGACGCAAGAUCAAAUAGAAAUGACCAAAGCAGCUCGUCGUUUUCUGAAUAACAAUGGAUCAUUUGCUCUGCGCCCCCGUUCACUCAACUUUUGAUAGAAUUUUGCUGCAACUUGAUUGAAUUCUGUGUUAUACUUACAUAUAGCUAUCGGAAUCGUAAAAUAUUUAUACACAACAAGCAAUGCAUCAAAUUGAUAAUAAUAUUAAUCCUAAUGAUAGAAAUAAUGAUAAAAGUAAUGAUAGUAAUAACAACAUCAACAACAACAUCAAUAAUAACAAUAGUAAUAGUAGUAGUAAUAAUAACAAUAACAAUAAUAAUAGUAAUAAUAAUAAUAAUAAUAUAUUGUACGAAGCGAAAAUUUAGUUAAGUCUUUUCAUUAAAUCCAUAUUAGUAUAAGUAUAACGGAGGAGAGGGCGCGUAGAGCAGAUUACCGAUAUCCUUUUGUUUCUUUUUAUUUUUUAAGUUUUUUUUUUUUCAAUUUUUCAUCAUUUCCGAUGGUUUGAUUCAAUGCCAUAAAUGUUGAACUGGUGACUUAAGUGAUUAUGAGAAUUUAUCUUUUGUCAUUUUUUUUCAAGUUGACAGUGGGUUCUUUAUUACCUAGUGUAUGUACAACAUGGCUUGGAACACCUUGACGCUAGUUAGUUUCGCUUUAUUUCUCAGACAAUUCUUGGUAUGUGAAUAUCGUUUUACAUUAUUCUCUAUUCAGAGUCGUAAUAAACGAUUACGUUUGCUUUUGCCAUUGGAAAUGUUUUUAUGGUCGAAUAAUUCCUGAGAAAUAAAAUGAAACUAAGAAAAACGAGAAAUAAAUUCGUAACAUCCCAUUUCAGUAUGCAAGCAAUGCAAUUGAUGAUAACAAAUUAGAAAAGAUUGGAUCGAACGUGAGGGGUAAGUCGAUAUCUCACCGAAAUGAUAUGAACUGAAAACCUACAAAUUUAUGAAUGCAGUAAAAUAUUUCCUUUCGUUCAUUUCCAAUACUUUUCGAAAUGUUUGACCUAUGAAACUCAUGGCAAAAUAAGAUUUUUUUAACCCAACCGCUUUCGUUAUCCCUGAAUUUUCACUGGUAUCGCGCAGGUUUUACUUUUGAUCUCUGACAGCUGCAUCGACUCGUCGCUCCACCAAUAGUCAUUUCUGGCAUUAAUCGCGUUUAUUAGUGAUAAAAUGUAUAAUAAAUAUAUGAAACCGAAGUCUUAGAUUAUUUAAAUUUACGUUACAAUAAAUUUAGAAUGAAAAUUUCCUUAAGGGUGUAAAUAUUGUUUCCCUAGGGAGUGAAAAGCUUUUGGUUGAUUUACGUUAAUUACACAUAUUGAUAUGUAAUCUAACUCUGUAAUGUCAAAAACUUUUGCGUAUACAGCCAUAUUAAUUAUUGUAUAGUUUAAUUAUUGGUACAAAGGCCUAAAAAAAAAAUAACGGAAGAGUAUUAUUUAUAUAGGUAUUUAUAGUACUUGAGCAGCUCAUUUUUGAU